GUGGCGUGGGCUCCUUGGGUGGAGAGACAGUCAGCUCGCCCAAAAGAGACAGGGAAUGCGCUGCUGCACCUCCUGCAAGCAGCAGCAGCAGCAGCAGCAGCAGCAGCGAACGCAGCAGCAGCAUAUUGAGGCUGACCCGCUGAAGAAUAGGCUGCCAUGGACAGCUUCAAAAGCGACAAGUGCUGCAGCAGCAGCAGCAGCAAUAAGACCUUCUGCAUCAGAAGCAGCAUUUGCAGGGACAAAAUCAAGACCAACAGCAGCGACAACAGCAACAGCAGCAGCAACUACUGCAGCAGCAGCAGCAGCAGCACCUAGUGUAGUGUCUGGGUCGCCCUCCAAAGGCGUCGGGAUCGUCCACAGAACUACCUCCCCGUCAUUCACCAAACAGAAGGUUCCCUGCAGCAGCAGCAGCAGCAGCAGCAGCAGCAGCAGCAGGAAGGGGCGUUCAUGA